GCGAGAGGCGGCUGCGGGGACUCGAGGGAGAGGCCGCCCGCGCUGACGGUGUCUCGGAGCAUCCGCGCUCGUGCCGCCGGCCCCGCCGACCCGCCUCUACCGCCGGCCGGAUGACGGGCGCUUGCGCCCUGCAGACGGUGGACACCGAGCUGACUGCGGACGCGGUGGAGUGGUGCCCGCUGCGAGGCCUCCGGCACCUGCUGGCGUGCGGAACCUACCAGCUGCGGCGUGCGGACGAGCCCGCCGGCCCCCAGAGCGAGGGUGGAAUGGAAGUUGAGGAGCCUCAGAUCCGUUUAGGUCGUCUCUUCCUGUACCGUUUCAACGAGAACAACAACUCUACUCACCCUCUGGUCGAGGUCCAAAGAAAAGAUACUUCUGCAAUCCUGGACAUGAAAUGGUGUCACAUCCCGGUAGCUGGACAUGCCCUCUUGGGCUUGGCCGAUGCGAGUGGAUCUAUACAGCUGCUCCGCCUGGCAGAAUCUGAGCUUUUGAAGUGGAAACCAGAGGAGUUUCCCCAUUGUCUGUCUUGGGAGAAGAGCGGCCACAUGCUGGAGCCGUUGUCCAGCCUUGCCCUGGAGCAGCAGUGCCUGGCUUUGUCCCUAGAUUGGUCUACUGGGAAAACUGGAAGGCUUCUCCCUGGGUUCACUGUGUCUAGGACCAGGGACCAGCCCUUGAAGAUCAUCAGCAGUGACUCCACGGGGCAGCUGCACCUGCUGAUGGUGGAUGAGAUGGGGUCCAGACUACAGAAAGUGGCCUCAUGGCAAGCACAUCAGUUCGAGGCCUGGAUUGCUGCUUUCAAUUACUGGCAUACAGAAAUUGUGUAUUCAGGGGGUGACGACGGCCUACUGAGGGGCUGGGACACCAGGGCACCUGGCAGAUUUCUCUUCACCAGCAAGAGACACUCCAUGGGUGUGUGCAGUAUCCAGAGCAGCCCUCAUCGGGAGCACAUCCUGGCCACAGGAAGCUAUGAUGAGCACAUCCUCCUGUGGGACACACGAAACAUGAAGCAGCCGUUGGCAGACACGCCCGUGCAGGGUGGGGUAUGGAGAAUCAAGUGGCAUCCCUUCCACCACCACCUGCUUCUGGCCGCCUGCAUGCACAGUGGCUUUAAGAUCCUCAACUGCCAAAAGGCAAUGGGUGAGUGGGAACCUGUGGCUGCUGGGCCUUGGCCGGGGCGCCAGUUCCUGCCCCCUUGCUCUGCUGGGCUCUUCCGUCUGCUUUCACACACUCCCAGGGUCACGCCCUGGUCGUGGCUUGGACGUGAUCCAUAACUGUCCCAAAUCCAGACUCUCUGUUUUGAGAACUCUGUUCUCUAACUAGUUUUCCCUGGUUUCCCAGCUCCGUUAUUCCGGUGCCUCCUGCGUUUGAGCAGACCUCUGACCCCACUGGGACCUCUGACCUGGAGGCUUGACCACCGGCACUCCCACGCUCCUCUUGCUGGGGUCAGCUGGGACUCUGUGGUCUCCUGACCCUGUGUGCUCACACUCUAGGCAGAACCUAGUGUUGUUCUGUUGGGAACACACACCUCUGCUUCUGCCUGAGCUGGGGAGUGUGGCAGCUGGAAUCAGCUGUCCACGUUCUGUUCCAGCAGGCUUCUGGGAUUCCUGGUGAUCUGUAAUGUUUCUCUAGGCAGUAAUCCUCUACUAUCAGAACGGUUCACAUUUUCUUCUCUCUGCUCAAACCUCCAGGACCUCCUCUUCUCUCCUGACUCUCAGCUCUUGAUCUCUCCUCUUUCGCCCCUUCCCUGUCCCCUCACUCCAAAAAGAACCAGUCACAAAACCACCUCAUCUUCCCACCCCCCGCAGCGGUGGGUGAGCCACGCGUGUUCCCAUGGCCAGUUCCUUCUCUGCACUGGAGUGUCCUCAGGACUUCAUUUCCACAUUGGAUUCCUCUCUCUGCUGUAUCUUUAGUUUUCUAGUUUCUCCAUCUCUUCUGCAUUGUUUCUGUUAGUUCUGUAAAUGUACUUCACAUGUCUCAUCUGUUUU